UGUGUUAUACAUAUAAUUAAUUGCAUAUUAUUUCUUUUUGAAAAUGUGGACUUUAAUAUUAUUGUGUAUUGUAUUAUUAAUUUUUAUAGUUAUUUUUGAUUUUUUUCAAAAUAAAGAAUUUUAUAAAUAUGCAUCUCGAUUUCCUGGACCAAAAUGUUUGCCAUUAAUUGGAAAUACUUAUUUGUUUAGUCUUACAAAUUUGACUAAUGUCCUCAAAACGUACAUGAGAAUUCUUCAUACAUAUCCAUCACCAAGCCGAUUAUGGAUGGGCAAAUCUUUUUGGAUUAAUGUUUAUGAUGCUGAUCAAAUUCAGAGUAUUCUCACAAAACUGAUGGAGAAGGGAUCAUUUUAUAAAUUUUCCAAGCCCUGGCUAGGUAAUGGACUUGCAGUUGGUCCAGAAUCAAUUUGGCAUUAUCAUCGAAAAUUUCUGCGUCCUGCAUUUAGCAUUAAUGUAUUGCGACCUUUUCUUCAAGUUUUUCAAAAGCAUUCAAAAAUUUUAACUGAAAAUUUGUCAGUUAAACUUGAUGGCAAUGAAUUUCAAAUACUUCCUUAUGUAGUAGAUGCUUGUCUUGAUAUCACACUUGAAACCACAGCCGGCGUUUCCAAAUAUUCAAAAGCAAAUUAUGCUAAAUAUUCGAAAGAAGUUAGCAGAGUUCUAGAUUUAAUGUUGAAAAGAGGUCUCUCUUUUUGGUUAUAUCCGGAUGUAAUUUACAAAUUAACAAAAAACUCUCAAAUAUUUAACGAAUCGGUUCAAUUUUUACGCAACACUACACUUGAUAUAAUAAAACAAAAACGAAUGGAAUUAUUGCAAACGGAUAAAAAUGUGAAAGACGAAACUGAAAGUGAUGAAAAAAAAUCAUUUUUAGAAUUUGUCAUUAAAUUAGCAGAUAAUGACAAGAAAUUUACGGAUACAGAUAUUAUUGAUGAAUGUAACAAUCUUCUUGCUGCUGGGAAUGAUACAAUAAGUUCUGCUCUACAAUUUACAUUACUCAUUUUGGCUUCUCUGCCAGAAGUGCAGGAAGCAGUUUAUCAAGAAUUGUAUAAUAUUUUUGGUAAUGAAAGUCCUGAAAGUAUUGCCAUUACUACAGAUAUUUUAGCACGAAUGGAUUACACGGAGAGAGUAAUUAAAGAAUCUAUGCGAUUAUUUCCACCACUACCAAUUAUUUUACGGCAAAGUGUUGAAGAUGUUCAGAUAGAUGACUACAUUUAUCCAAAAAACAGUACAAUAUUCAUUGUGAUCUCAAAAAUUCAUCGAGAUGAGAAAUAUUGGCCUGAUCCAUUGAAGUUUGAUCCAGAUAGAUUUCUACCUGAGAAAAUUGCAGAAAGACAUUCCCAUGCUUAUUUGCCAUUUAGUGCUGGUCCAAGAAAUUGUAUAGGAUUCGCCUACGCAAUUAUGGAAAUGAAAAUUAUUUUAGCAACACUUCUUUACAGACAAUUCCUAAGAAGAAGAGAUCAAAGACAACAUCAGGAAAUGUUGAAAACAAUUCUAUAUGGACACCGGAAAGAAAUUCAAUAUCAAUUUUUAAUAAAAACUGGAAUUUUGGUCAUCGAAGAAUUCAAAUUUAAAUGGGCGCGCGGCAUUUCCAGUAGAGUAAUAUUAUUAGCCAAUGAACGUCAGGCGUUUGGUGUUUCACCACCAACAGCGUCCCGCGCCACUUCCAAUAAAGAGAAAUUAUUUGCAACCAAUCAACGCCCGGCAUUCCUAGCGCCCCACCACUUCCAUCGACACUUUUCGACGCUGCAGCCAUUUAGUCCGCCAUGAGCCACGUGCCAAAGAAGAUGUCCUGAAUUUUGGUGAGUUUUUCUCUUUUACGUAACCCUGAUACUACCUCCUUUUCCAGGAAGUUAACCAGGUGAAGUUCCAUACUUAAUCUGUUAACUUCCAGUUAAGUUCCAUGCAUGUCUAUAUAUUUCCCUUCUUUUUUUUC